GCGGUGCGGGGUGCAUGGACGCCCGAACCCUCUCUGAGACCGGUCGCCUUUACGCGCUCGCGCGAACGCCUGGCGAAGAGGUGGACGCAGCAAAGAGGGCGUUCAAAGUGACGCUAAACGGCGCGCCUCGCUCUGGCAGCGGUUCCAGCCCCCACUCCGAGCCUCUCAUGUCAGACACGUGCGCUUUAUUGUCGAUCCCGGCCGCGCUUGAAGAGAAAUCCACGCACUUGACGCCCGCUCCGGAGAUGCCAUGCCCCGAAACCACAGCGGAGACGAAGGCGGCACCGGGCUCUGGAUGAGGACGUCGCCGGCGAACCGCGCAGAAGGCUACGGCUCGAAGGAUGUGGAGUCCGGACGGAAGACGAUGACGAUGAUGAACAACGCCGGGGACGGUCUGCUGUCAGCCUCCAGCGCCACAGGUGCCGGUUCGGAGAGCCUGAGGGGGAAGCAGGGCGCGCGGCUCAGCCUGCUGGGGAAGCCGCUCAUUUACAGCGCGCAGAGCGGCCGCAGGAACGUGCGCUACCGGCGGCUCCAGAACUAUCUGUACAACGUGCUGGAGCGACCGAGAGCCUGGGCCUUCAUCUACCACGCGUUCGUAUUUAUCUUGGUUUUCAGCUGCUUGGUGCUGUCUGUGUUCUCCACUAUCCCAGCUCAUCAGGACUUCUCCUCAUACUGCCUCCUCAUUCUGGAGUUUGUGAUGAUCGUGGUGUUUGGAUUGGAGUACAUCAUCCGUAUCUGGUCGGCAGGAUGCUGCUGUCGCUACAGAGGGUGGCAGGGACGGCUGCGCUUCGCCAGGAAGCCCUUCUGUGUCAUAGACAUCAUAGUGCUCAUCGCCUCCGUGGCCGUGGUGUCCGCCGGCAGCCAGGGCAACAUCUUCGCCACCUCGGUCCUGCGGAGCCUACGCUUCCUGCAGAUCCUACGCAUGGUGCGAAUGGACCGAAGAGGAGGAACCUGGAAACUGCUGGGUUCUGUGGUGUACGCGCACAGCAAGGAGCUGGUGACCGCCUGGUACAUCGGCUUUUUGGUUCUCAUCUUCUCGUCGUUCCUCGUCUAUCUGGUGGAGAACAAAUUCAACAAGGAGUUCGCGACCUACGCUGAUGCUUUGUGGUGGGGCACGAUCACCCUGACAACGAUAGGCUAUGGGGACAAGACACCAAAGACCUGGACAGGACGAAUGCUGUCUGCUGGUUUCGCCCUCCUGGGAAUCUCCUUCUUUGCUUUGCCAGCGGGUAUCCUGGGCUCGGGUUUUGCCCUGAAGGUCCAGGAGCAGCACAGACAGAAGCACUUUGAGAAGAGGAGAAACCCAGCUGCCUACCUCAUCCAGUGUGUUUGGCGUAGUUAUGCGGCUGAUGAGAACUCGGUUUCCAUUGCUACCUGGAAGCCUCACUUGAAGGCGUUGCAUACCUGCAGCCCUACAAAAAAAGAGCAAGGCGAAUCAGGCACAAGCCAGAAGCUGAGCUUCAAGGAGCGAGUGCGAAUGGCAAGCCCGCGAGGUCAAAGCAUCAAGAACAGGCAGACGUCUUCAGUGAACGACCGGCGCUCCCCGGUGGCUGAUGCUGGGAUGGAGGGAACCAGCCCGGCCAAGGUGCAGAAGAGCUGGAGCUUCAAUGACCGCACGCGCUUCAGACCUUCACUCCGCCUUAAGAGCCAGUCCCGCUCCACCACAGACACAGACUCCAACGUGACAGCCGAGGAUGGCUUCGAUGACAAGGGUUGCCACUGCGAGAUCUUGGUCGAGGAUCUGUUGCCCUCAGUCAAGACUGUGAUUAGAGCUGUCAGGAUAAUGAAGUUCCAUGUUGCCAAGAAGAAGUUUAAGGAGACGCUGCGUCCAUACGACGUGAAGGACGUGAUUGAGCAAUACUCUGCCGGUCACCUUGACAUGCUGUGUCGCAUCAAGAGCCUGCAGACCAGGCUGGACAUGAUAUUAGGCCCCCAGACCCUGAGCAGCAGAUCCAAGACCUUUUCCUCCCCCUCCCUGCCUGUCUAUUACAGCCAGCCAGGCAGAAAGAACUCCAGCCAGGGGGUGGACCAGAUCCUUGGUAAGGGCCAGAUUCCCCUGGACAAGAAGAUCCGAGAGAAGCUGCUGUCUGAGGGAGAUAUACUGGAGGACAUGAGUAUGCUGGGUCGUGUUUGUAAGGUGGAGCGGCAGGUCCAGUCUAUUGAGUCAAAACUCGACUCGCUGCUUGACAUCUAUCGUCAGGUUUUGCGCAAGGGCUCAUCCUCAGCCCUCACACUCUCCUCUCUCCCCCUGUUCGAACUGGAGCAGACCGACUUUCACUCCUCGGUUUUCACCAGGGACAUAUCCUGCUCCACCCAGGUCAGCAGCUGUGGAGCGCCUCCGUCUGGCAACUGUGUGUCCCGCUCCUCCACCAGCUCCCACCCCUCACAGGGAGGACUCCAUCUCAUCCUGGCACCUCCCAGUGACCUCAACCUCAAUCUUAACAUGUCGUCCUCUACACCUCCCUCUGGACUCCCACCGUCCUCUUUCAGCCCGCUGCCACUAUCACAUCCGCACCAUCAUCAUCAUCCUCAUCAUACCCACCACCAUCAUACCCAGGGUCAGGCAAACACACCUGAAAGUGUCACAGAUGAAGCAGUGGGGAGCUCUCCACCGAUCCUUAGUCCAAAUAGUGUCUGCAGUGGAGGAGGUGAAGGUCCAGGAGAUGGAGGAUUUCCUCUUCUGGCAAGACUUCCGCCACCGCCCCCUUCAAGCCGAAGCACCGGACCGACCAAUUUAGUGCCAGCACCUUUCACGGAAGCAUGCACUGACAUGGAGGACUUUCAUGGAGGGACACCGCUGGAGGAUAAUAGUGUCAGAAAGGACCUCUGCCUAGGUUUGGGGCUUGGCAGAAUGGGGCAGGAGCUUCAGGAGAGCACCAACAGCAACGGCAGGCUGAGCACCAAGGACGAAGGCUCCUGGAGGAGACACAUGAGCCUGGAGAUGGAGCCUCUAGUUCCACAAGCUGUGGGCUGCUGCUCUCGCCCCAGUCAGAUGGACCGAGUCAUGGGCAAGUCCAUGUCAGUGCAAAACCUAAUGCAAGCAGCUCCAGGGAGUUUCCCGGAAGCCCACCACGGCCAUAGGCUGUCAUCCCACAGCUCCAGUACAACCAGUGGCUCUCCAAUUGGCUUUCAUAGCUGUGGCCAAGACCCCAGGGGAGGAGGAGGUGGUGGUAGUGGUGUGAUCAGGAGAGGUGGAGGUGGACAGGGCGAGGAGGAUCUCUUCAUUGGUGACAGAGACACAGAGACACAGGAAUUUGACUUCCUGUCACAGGGAACUGUUGAGGUCCAGUCCUACUCUUCGGAGCUCCUGAGGACAGGGGCCAGAACAGGAGCAGGAUCCCGGUGCUCUAACCUCAGCCUGGCCAGUGGCCACGCUCUGUCACCUUCCGCUAGCAGCGUUGAACUGCCAAACAUGCCACAUGUUCGGUUAAAAUAGAGCCAGCCACAAGCACAUCCCAGUUUUUGUCCUGUUUUUGAAGGGAGUGGGUGGUCGGGGAUGUAACCAGGGGUCCUUUUCAUUUAUCAUCACGUUUUUCCAUUUGAUAAUCACAGUAUUUUUAUACAGAUAGAUAUCAUUUCGUCUACCACCGAAUGGGUGAUGAAUCUGAGACGAAAGUGGAAGGCUUAAACAUGGGGAACACAGUCUCCUAAAACUUGAAACAAUACACAAAGCCAGCUAUGUUUGGCUUUGAAAGACAGACACUUACAGCUAAUGCAGUAAGUGACUGUGGGACUGGGCAAGAACACUGAAAGAAAUGUGGAGUAAAAUUUACCUAAAUUGUAAUUUGUAGCUUGUUUAUAAUUUCCAAACAGUAGCAGUAACGUCAUAUUAUUGUUGAAUGACCAUUGGAUUAUGUGUUGAUUUUGAAAGGUGAAUCAACGUUAAUGGGGCUCAUUCAUUCAUUCUACGUUGAUUUUACGUUCAGACGUCGUUACAUCAACGUCAGAAAAACAACUGACAAUGUUUUAACGUUAAUUGAAAAGUAUUUUGCUGACAUUAUUUCAACCAUAUUUUAACGUUGAAGGUCGGUUGAAGGUCGGUUGUGUGCCUGCUGGGAAGUAAAGAAACAAAAAGGAACUGAAAGUAGUUUCCUGUGAGCAAACUUUACGUUAUUGGUACGAAAUAUAACUUACAUUUUACUAAUUUUACCUUAGUCAUUUUUGUUUAGAAUAUAUUUGCAUAAUGUUUUUGCAAAUAUAUAUAUUUUUUACUUAUAUUUUAAUGGUAAAUGUGUUGACACACUCUCACAUGUGUACAAGUUAACUUACAGUAGGUUCUCCAAACAACCUGACUGCAGGUUUUAACUUAAAAAAACAACAUAAACAGAGUUUGUGGUCGAAACAAGCCGAAUCUGUUGAGCGGCAGUGUGAUUUUUGUGUACGACUAUAUUGGUUGGUCUUUUAACAGGAGAUUUGUGGUUGUGGAGGAGUUUAAGAAUGUUUAUGUUGAGUGCCUGUCUCUAUACGUGUAUACAGUAUACACCUGUACAGGGUGAAUUUCUCUUGAUUGACAGUUGGGAUGGGAUGCAAAUAAAUGAAAUGAAUGAAAGGUAGAAUAAAUAAAAGUUUGUAAAUAGUUUACCAGAAAAUUUUAAGUUUACUUAAGUACUUGAAUGAAAACGAUUGUUAGAAUUUCUGUGUGGUAAAUUUGACUCCACAUUAUCAGCGUACUAAGAUUAUGAAAUAUGAAGGUAGUGUCACCCAAUACUUGUAAAAGUGUGUGUAAGCAAUGAAGGACAAGUUGCUCAGUACUGUACUAUUUGGUGUAUACAUGCAUUAUUUCUCAUGCAUUUUAUCUCUGGUUAACCUUUUAAAAAUGCUGUUAAUCUUUAUAUCCGUACAAAUCAUUGUUUUAUGAUAAUCAAUGUCCACAAACACUUUAAAGGGCCAUUACAGCAUAUGUGCAUGUUUAGCUCCUGGACCAUAAGUCAUUUAUUUCAUUUACUAUUAUCCAUGGUAUUUAGAUAGUAGUUCAAUUAAAUACGCAUGUUUUAAGCAAUUUUAUCAAACCCACUAAAAACUCAUAUGUUUAGCAUGGAUCCAGUACUCAAGUACAGUAGUUGCCUAAGCAUUACAAGCUACUGUAAGCAAAAACAAUCAUAUUUACUGAUGGGCUAUUGACUGAGCCUAUACCAAAAACAACAACAACAAAGGGAAUUUAGGGAGUCUAAUAUCACAACUUGCCUUUUUCCCCUUGCUUGUCUAGUGGUUGUAUCCAGCUCUAUUGGCACCAGUGUCAGUCUGGUGCAAACACCCUUUAACAAAUGUGUAAUAUUUACACCAGUAAAAUUGCCACUAGACAUUUUUGAAGCUACCACACUCUGUGCUGUUUAAGAUCAGCUAAUGGCUAACUAGGUUUAAAUGAAGGAAGAAGACAGUUGAUGGCCUGUUUGGCACUGGAUACUUUGAAAGUAUCUCACCACAUAAAGAUUAGUUUAAGACCAUGUUUCUUUUAAGGAGUAAGAUAUGACUUCAUAUAUUAGCUUCAGUCCAAAUCAAGAACCUACAAGAGGAUUGAAUUGAAUGACGAAGUGAACAUCAUGUCACUGUCAUUGUGGAGUUUGCUUGCUUUAGAUUACAUCAGUACAAUGAAGUCAUUGUAUGAAGGGUGGACUGGCCUGCAAUAACUACAAUACAUACAAUACUAACAACAACAUGACAUGUACACAAACUCAGCAUGUCCAUCUGUUUUCAGACCGAGAUGGCACCUCAGCAGAAAGUAAUAGAUGUCAGCGAGUAGCAAGAAGUUGAAUGCUACUAAAAGAGAUUUCUAGAAAAACUCUGUUUUCUGACAAAGCUGGAAGCUCAACCAUUGGAAGCCUGUGACCUAAGGUGAAGACAUGCAAAGCUGCAGCACUAGCCCUGAAACCUUUUAAUUGCUGGACAUGUUAUAUUACUGAUGCUAUACUAUAUAUAGGGGCAGUCCUGAAACAAUGAGUUUUGCAGUCCGGUGGUUUUCCAGCUACACUGUAACAUCCAAGGUUUAAAACACAUUUUGAAUGUCUUUAACAUCAGCAACAGUUGUUUUUUUUAAAAGACAGACCGUUUGUUUGUUUGUUCGUUUGUUUUGCCUCCCUGUUUUUACUCGGAAUGAUUCUGUGUCAUUUCAUCGCCGCUUAGUCCUCUUUUUAUUAAGUAAAAUGUGUUUUUGCUGUAUUAACAUAGACUCGCUGCAGAAUGUAUUGCUUAUUACAUCACUGGUGUAAGCAGAACAUCUGUUGCUUGGACUGCUGAGAAAUUUCAAAUUCCUGUUCCACAGUACAGAAUCAAAUGGAAAAGAAAAGGUCACUUACAUGUAGUUCUCUCUAAGGUAUAGGACAACAAAAGGAGUGCCGGUGCAGGGAGAGACUGCCAAUCCAAAGCCUCAGUGGUGAACAAUCACCAUCAGCCAGCAUUACCUCAGUGAAUCCUAUGGACCCAUGUGUACGACCAGCGAAGAGGGCAUGCAGUCAGUUUGCUUUCAAGAUGCAAAUCCUACUUUCCUUCAGAUAUUUCAAGAUACUUUGCAUGAAGAGGUUGUCUUAUCCAGACAUAUUUAUACCUGAGAAUGAAUGCUGUUAGGACAAAUCUAUUUACGGUUCAAACUGAUUGCAUUGGAAGAUAAAAAGCCCUUUGCUCGGAUAUGACGUCUAUGAAAUGUGCAGUACUUGAAGUAUAUUGGUGCCUUGCUUUUGUGGUAAAAACCCCAUUUUAGUUUGGUGGAAGGUGCAUUAGGUUCCUGUGAACAGACAUGGUUGCACUGUCUUUGGUGUUCAUAAAUGCUUUGACUUAAGGCAUUUUACAGUUUUUUUUAAAUUGAUCAUUUUGCUACUGGGCUUUUACUGUCCUAACCACCUGCAGAGUUUCUUUUAAUUUAUUUAAAUUAUGUGCACAUAUUUACACAUUAGUAAUACUCUUAGGUAGACUUAUGAAGCCUGUAAUGUAAUAAAAAUGCAAGUGAACUUUUACUCUUAUUCAUCAAUAAAGGAGAUUCUGUUA